CGCGGUCACCGUCUCUCACUCGCUCGGGACCAUGCCGCACAUCCCGCUCAUUGGCCGCCUCACCGGGCGCGAGUAUACCGCCAUCCUCUUCGGCUCCGUUUUUGUUGCCCUCGAGACCGUCCUUACGUUCGUCAUCGCAUUCCUCCCUACAUCCGUCAUCCAAUGGUUCUACAACCACUCGCGCACUCUCUGGCACGCCAUCGUCGGCCCACCCACCCCUCCCUCUCCCCACAAAGCACUGGCAGAAAACAUCCGACGCGCGCCUGACUUUGAACGACUCUGCGAAAUCUUUGGCUACACGCACGAGGAGCACGUCGUCAUGACCAAAGACGGCUACUUGCUUGGCCUCCACAGACUGCCCUUCCGUCGGGGGGAAGACACUGGGAGGCGGGGAUACAGCACCGGCAAGCCUGUAGUGUACCUCCAUCACGGCCUCCUCAUGAACAGCGAGGUCUGGGUCUGCCUCACCGACCCGGCCCGGAGUAUCGCCUUCACACUUGUCGAGCUCGGCUUCGAUGUAUGGCUGGGAAAUAAUCGCGGGAACAAGUACUCCAAGAAGAGCAUCCACCACAACCCAAACAGCACCAAGUUCUGGAACUACAGUAUCGACGACUUUGCCUGGCAUGACAUCCCGGAUUCCAUUGAAUACAUCCUGGACGUGACGAAGGAGCCGAGUCUCAGCUACGUUGGCUUCAGUCAGGGUACUGCGCAGGCCUUUGCAGCGCUGAGCAUUCAUCCGCAGUUGAAUGACAAGGUCAAUGUCUUUAUUGCGCUCGCACCGGCCAUGAGUCCACCUGGCCUUCACGCGUCGAUCGUGGACGGGCUUAUGAAGGCCUCUCCCACCCUGCUGUUCCUCAUCUUUGGCCGCAGAGCAAUUCUGUCCUCGGCCCCCGCCUGGCAAUCCCUCCUCUAUCCACCCGUCUUCAGCGCCGUCAUCAACCACUCCCUGCGCUUCCUCUUCGGCUGGCAAUCCCACAACAUCUCCCCCCUCCAGAAGUCCGCCGCGUACGCGCACCUCUACUCCUUCUCGUCCGUCAAGGCCGUCGUGCACUGGUUCCAGAUCAUGCGCAACGCAAAGUUCCAGAUGUACGACGACGACGUGCAGAAGGUCAUCCGCGUGUCGGGCACCGCCGCAGGGCGCCACCGCCCGAGCGGCGUCACGAGCUCCUCCCCCGCGCGGUUCCCGACGAGGAACAUCGUCACGCCGAUCGUGCUCCUCUACGGCGACUCGGACUCGCUCGUCGACAUGGACGUGAUGCUGAGGCAGCUGCCCGGGCAUACGACUGCGCGCAGGCUGCAUGGCUACGAGCACUUGGAUAUCAUCUGGGGCGAGGAGGUCGAUCGGGACGUCAACCCGUAUGUGGUGGAGGCGCUGCGCAGCCAUGCGGUCCGUCCUGAGAGGAUCAUGAGCGAGGCGAAGCUCAACGGCGUGCGUUCGCUCGAUGGUGCUCUCGAGUCUCCGGACACUGUAUCGGAGACGGCCUCGAUGUACGGGGUCGAGGAGAGGUAGUAAAGCAUGCAUAUACCUUGUCGACGUCUAUUACUUACCCUAUACUGCACGUAAUGCACAUGUUGUACGCUCUUUGUGUCUGGAGGUAGACAACACAUACAGGGCGAUGAUUUGUGUUGAUCCGCGAUGGUCUGGCCAUCGGUCGUGUUGGAGACGACAGUAUGUUG